AUGGAAAGUGUAGUUGACUUGUGGAAUAAGAGCCUACUUGCUGCCUGGAUUGUGGAUACCUGCCAAACUGAAUCUCCUCCAAAGUUCUCCGUCCAUCUCCAAGAGACCUUCAUCACCGGGGGCAACGACCUCCAGCUGACCUGCCAGGUCAAGGGUUACCCUCUGCCGUCCCUAGCUUGGUUCCGUGAUGACAACGUGCUUGUGGGAAGCAAACGCAUCCAAACGACGUCGGACAAGAGAGGUCAGGGAUCACUGGUGGUGACGCGGAUCGAGGACGAGGAGGCAGGGAUGUAUAAAUGCAUCGCUACAAACGAUCAAGGGAGUGCCACCAGUUGCGCCAAGGUUACCGUUUUUGAGCGGCCAGACCCCCCAUCCAGACCAAAGGUAGCUCUUGCUGCUGCCACUGAGGUGGUUGUGACUUGGAAAUUCCCCAUCAGUAGAGCCCACAUCACUGGCUUCAGAUUACAGAGCAGGAAAGAAGAUGAUAAACAGUGGGUUAAUGUGGAUGACAAGAUCCAGCAGUGCUUCAAGCACAUCACACCAUUGCUUCCAUCUACCGAGUACCGGUUUCGUGUGGCGUGUUGCACGCAGCAUGGCAUUGGUUUGUACAGUCGAUCAUCGGUCCCAGUGACGACAUUACCCAUAGGUUCACAGCCUCUUAGCAUAGAAGCAAUCGCAAAAUUCCAGACGUUAUCAAGAAGUUGCAGUCUAGAUCGAGAUCGCAAAUCUGCCUCGCAGGGGAGCAUACUAGACAACUUCCCCGAUGGAGACAUCGAAGAAACGGUGGAUUUGACUCUCAAGGAAAGCUUGCCACAAAAAGGUUACGACUUCAACAUUGAAAUUGGCCGAGGCAGAUAUGCUGUAGUGCGUAAAUGCUACAAGUACAGCACGGGAUUGGAACACGUCGCAAAGAUCAUGCUCUCGGCCCAACCUCUCAAGAAACAAAGUCUCCUCGAGUAUGAAAUCUUGAAAGAAGUUAGGCAUCCAAACAUUCUACAACUCCGCGACGCUUUCCUGACGAAACGGUUCUACGUACUAGUGACCGAGCGUUACUAUGGCGGCGGAGUCUUGAGUCACCUGACCCAGAAGGACAAAUACUCGGAGGAACAGAUCGUGCGAUUGGUGCGACAGCUUCUGAGCGUGCUCAGUUACCUGCACAAGAGGCGAAUCGUUCACCUGGAUAUGAGACACGACAAUAUUGUCUUUGAGAGUAGGAGGAGGGACGCGCUGCGGGUGAUUGACUUUGGGUCGGCUAGGAGGAUGGUAUCGGAAGAGGGGAUGAAGAUGAAGGGGUUAGACUCUCCGCCAGAAUUCAUGGCUCCUGAAAUAGCUACUGAUGGGUUGAUUGAGUAUGAGACGGACCUCUGGGCUGUUGGUGUCACGAUAUUUGUCUGGCUGAGUGGAACCUCUCCAUUUCUCGGUCGGAAUCGAGAGAAGACGAUCUACAACAUCACCAGGAUGAAGAUCAACAGGAAACAUCUCUUCAAGAAUUGCACAGCGGAGGCCAAGCAGUUUAUAUGGGCAAUACUGCAGAAAGAACCGAUUGACAGGCCAUCAGUUGACGAGUGUUUUGCCAGUCCGUGGCUCAGCGACAAGCCCGACAUGAAAGCCAAGCGUGAGGGCGCUGUCUUCUCCUCCAGGAAGCUCAGAACGCAGCGUACGGAGUACAAGCUUCGCCUACUGGCCCAGCAGACCCGAGAAGACAUGUCGCUGAGACGGUACUCCUCGACGAUAGAGCUGAAAUCACCCGGAGCGCCGACGUCACCCAAACCGAGGAACGGUGUCCUAAACUCGUUGGUACGUCCAAAGGUUCAGGUUAAAUGAGAAUUGUGAUCAUGUGACGUUGGCCUCAUGGUCUGGCUGCAGUCACAUGACAGGAAUGCCAUUGUGGCACCUGACACUAGGGCCGUGUCUGAAUCUCCUGUCCAGAGCUAUUCUGUAGUUCCCGGUCAAUAAUAACUUUCCGGGAACAUGCUGACAUGAGACAUAGCCAUAUAUGGAGCCUAUUUCUGACAGCCUAACUUCCUGGCCAAUUUUUUGCUUUGGACAUAUUCUCUAUACUGAGCUUGGGACUUCAAGCCCACACAUGUUAAGAAAUGGUGGCUGACUUUUUAAGUCUUGUAUCCAUCAGAAUAUAGCAAAACCGGCAAAACCAGGGCCCAAUUUCAUAGCGCUGCGAAACAAAAAAAGCAGAAAAAUUGUGCUGUCAAGUACUAUUUCAUAGCGUGGAUGUGCUAACGUAUGCAUGCGCAUGGAGAUUUCUGUUGUUACAUCACUGAUUCAAGCAUCUUUUUCCUCUGAGGUAAGCGUGCCUUUUGCUGUGCUUACUGCUUACAGUCUCCAUGUAACAGACGAUGGCUCUGUUAGCAGAAAACUGGACCCAGGUGUUGGAGCUUAUCGUGGCUUCGGAACUAUUUGGAAUAAAUAUUUUGCAGUGAGUCAAACUUUUCCCUCUAUUUUCCAAGAUGGUUGCUGUAUUUAGUAGUGAAUCCACCUAGUAGGUUUUGCUUGCAUUCUUUGGAAGAAUAUAAUGAUUAUUGUAAUAAAAAAUAUUGAAAAUCAGCAAAACAAAGAAUUUAAUGGUAAAACAGAAAUUUGCAGUUAAAGAAAAUAUGUAUGAUAGAGGCAUCUUAUUCUACACAUUGCGGCUAAUAAGCAUUUGAAAGGAUCAAAGGCAGAUAAUAUUAUUUGCAUUAAUCCCAAAAGUAACCUACCAAAUUA